CAGCGCUGCUGCUGCUGCUCACUGCGUCAGAGGCGGCACUGCGGCGCAGCGUGGGGCUGCAGCAUGGUGGGACAGAUGCGCGAGGGUUGCGACACGGACUGGAGAAAGUUUGAAGAUGCUGCACAAAGCAUGACUGAAAAAGAGCUGCAAACCCACGACAGCGACUCCUCUGCCUCGUUGUGAUGCAAGGACUGUUUAUCUCGGGGCUGCGUAAACACACGCCGGCCUGGGCGUUCUGUGAGUCCUCCGUCACUCCACCUGCAUGAUCUGUGAGCCAGGUGAGUGUAAGCACGAGUAGUGGGUGUGGUGUCAUUCUCGCAGUCUGCAUGUUGCACUGCUUAUAGCCCAGUGGCAAACUGGUGAGGCAGCUUUUCGUUUACACAAAGCAGCGGAGCGGCAUCAGCAGCAGCGGGACGCGGGCUGGAGCUCGUCCUGAAAUAAUCUCCAUCAUUAGUAGAUAUCCAGGGGAUCUCACGUCGGCUGCUGAGCCUGCAGGAUGAACUUCAAGAACCUGAGGGAGUACCUGGCUUGGCUGUACUACCAGUACCUGCUCAUCACCGGCAUCUACGUCCUGGAGCCGUGGGAAAAAUCCAUCUUCAACUCCAUCCUCUUCUCCGCCAUCGCCAUGGUGAUCUACACCUCGUACGUCUUCGUGCCCAUCCACGUUCGCCUGGCGCUGGAGUUCUUCUCUGGGAUCUUCGGUGGCCAGCCCGAGAGCACCAUGGCACUCAUGAACUAAAAUAAAGGAAGAAAACACGAAGGAAAAGAGACAAAGAAUGGGUGGAUUAGCAUGAACCUGUAAAUCAUUUCCUGUAACUCAACUCCUUCGCUCCUGGAGCUCCCUUCUUCACACCAUGCCCGUCCCAGCAGUCAGUCACCUCAGCUGAUCGAGACUGAAAACAUGAAGAUCUUAAUGGAGCGAUCUGAAAAUCAGAGCCUUACUAUCUUCUUUACAUCCCAAACCCUCUGGCCUACCCCACGGUAUUAGAUGCACAACUGUACAUUACAUUCACACCCUCCCUGUGAAAUGUCUUGUGAAAUGUUGUUUGUCCUUUUUAUUUUUAUAUUGUUUUUCCCCCCACAUAUGUCCUGUGUGAAUGCUUAACACCUCUGGGUAUUGCAUGAUAUGGUCAUACAUGGGUGGUAGAUUUGCAUGCUUGUCUCACUACGAAAUACUGCUAGACUCUUUUUUUCCAUCAUGAAUUUAAGGCUACAGUCUUCAGAGGAACACUCAAGCAGUUUAGUUAGUCACUUUGAUUAAAAGCUUUAAAAGGUAAUGAUUGUGAUCGAAGCAGUCGAGGGUUAUCUCAGUACAAAAUCACUAUAUGGUGCAUCUUUACCAUUUUUAUAGCAUCCAAACUCUGAAUUUGAAAUUCCUGUCUUAUAUAGUGUCCUCAAAAGUUUCCAAAAUUGAAUGGGGAAAAAAAAAAAAAAAAAUUUAUAGAUGUAAAAAAAAAAAAAUGUGUGAAGAAGCAAAAUGACGAUAACUCGAGGGAUUUUAGAUACAUUAAUUUUCCAUUUUCAUAAGCUCAGUAGGAUUUUCUUUGACAAGUAACGUGAACUUGAUGUGUAAAAUUGGUGGAAUGUCCCUUUAAACAUGCCUGUGACGCCCUGUCAUUGUGAGUUGCUCUCUGACAAAAGGGAAGUUGGUGCACAUCCCAACUUUUCUGACAUGCACUUAAUGUUAGCGGUUUUGUAUCAGAACCACUAUCACCUAUUUCGUUGCCUUUAUGCACUCUCAUGCUGACUGGCAGGGCACGUUGCACAUUUCACGUAGAUCUUGCGUAGCUGAUCCUAAAAGAGAGAACUGAUGGAAAUCCCAAGCUAUGCAAUGAAUCUUAAAAUGUCACGAUCUGGGCUCUGUUACACAGUUUGCCCCAGGGUCACAUUUAUUGAUUUGUUGGUCAAAGUGUGUAAUAAAAGAAAAUAACGGUGGAGUCCAUGGCGAGCCCUCUUUUUAUCUCCAAUUUUCACCUGUUGGCAUGUCAGGAAGGCGUGCUCAGCGCUGAGCAUGAACAAAUAUUGAUACAACACACCUCUAUGUUUUAGGCUUGGCUUUGUCAAUGACGUAGCUUUACUUGACAACCCGUGAAGUCAAAGGAGAACUGUUUGCUGUCACAUGCAAAGAUAGUGCAGGCAAAUCGGCCUCAAUGAAAAGCAAUGCCUGAUAAGAACACCGUCUUCCCCUGCCUAUAGUUGAUCUAUAGAGAGUGAGUCAUAGCGUAUCUGGGAGUUGUGGCGAGUGUUGUGUUAGUUUUGUGCUUAAAAUCAUUCUUAAUUAUUUGUGCUUUGGGUCAAGGGCUCGCUGGCUAUAUUUCCAACAUGAUCUCUAAGUUGUCUUUAUUUAUAUGAAGUUCUAUAUUUAUAAACACUGGUAAAUGCUUGGCUGGUUACAAUGUCAAUUACCAAACUUAUUUUUUGGAUUAUUUAUACCUGUGUUCUCCUGUGGCCAUAAAUAACACAUAAUUUGUCCUUUACUUUGUUUCUCCACCUUGAAGUGCUUUUAUAUCAUUGCCAGGUUGUAUCCUUUAGUUUCACUUUUGAUACACUUUUGCAGUCAUACCCCCCCAGACGCUUUUUUUCCCCCCCACCAUUCACCAAAUUACUGUUUUAUUUAUACAUGAUAGCAGCACAUCACUGCAAUAAUCGGAAAAUAAAGGCAUCUGAAAAUA